CAAGCGAGGAUAAUCAAUAACGAAAAAAAAAAUGAAAGGCCAAGGCAGUUACGUUCCGCCACCAUAUAUUCCCUUGGAUCAGUCAGAUAUUGAAGCCGACAUCAUUCCAGAGAACAAUGACUCCCCCGGUCACCGUCAAAUCAGCCAAGAUCCGACCCAGUGGUCUUCUGGAAUCUGUGCAUGCUGUGAUGAUAUGCAGAGCUGCUGUGUAGGUCUUUUGUGCCCUUGCUUCUUGUUUGGAAGGAAUGCAGAAUUCUUAGGCUCCGGAACUUUGGUGGGAUCAUGCGCGACCCAUUUUAUUUUGUGGGGUCUUGUCAAUGGUCUCUGCUGUCUGUUGACCGAUGGUAUUCUUUUGGGAUUACCUGGAUCUCUCAUAGCAUGUUAUGCUUGUGGUUAUCGCAGAACGCUUCGGGCAAAGUAUAAUCUGCAGGAAGCACCGUGUGGGGACCUGGCGACUCACCUCUUCUGCCACUUGUGUGCCAUCUGUCAGGAAUAUCGUGAGAUCCGCGACAGGGCAGCCAAUUCCAAUCCAUCUGAUCAUAGGCCCGCUGUUGUGACGGCCCCACAAGUUCAGACAAUGGAACCAGCACCCCAGAACUAAUGUAGGAUCAUAUUGCUGUAGGUUAACAUCCACCAUUGAUGAUUCGGUUCUAAGAAUCCUUGUCUUUUUUUUAAUCUUUCAUCCCAUCUCAUUUUAUGUGUAUUACUUCUAAUCGCUUAUUGAUUCAUGGUCUUUUUUAGGUUGCUAUC